GGAUGGUUAGGUGAAUUAUGCCUGAAAACAGGGACAUGCCUCCAAAAAUAGGAACGUAGUGCGCAUGUGUAACUCAAUCCUGAAAAUGCGAAAGAUCCCCUAAAAUAGAGAAAGGCAUACAUACUUUACAACCUCUCUGCAUAAGAAGUCUGGACAAAGCCAGAAAUAAUUGGGGGGAAGGGCCAAAAUAGUGACACAUUAAAAAAAUGCUCCUAUAAACUCAGACUGCUGCUAGAAUAGGUUUUGAACUAUUGUGUAUUUUUUUAAGGAUAUGAAGUUUGAAACUUAAACGACUGUCAUUAUUUAGUGACGUCAAAUCUCAAUAAUUUGCUUGAAAACCCACGCAUUUUAUGAGGAAAAGACGAAAAAUAUGAGGCAAAAAGAACAGUUGACAGACCUUAGGGACAAGACAAGAAAUAAGCACUUUCGAACAUACCACAGCAAUUUAAUCUACUUCAAUACGAAUGCAAACGGUACAAAUGAACAGCUGCUACAGUAAUGCCUCUUUCCACGCGUCACAGACCAGGGUAUGCGCACGAAUAGAACGCAUCUGUUGUUUGACAUUGGAAUGAAUGGUUUGGACUUUAGCGGCCACUGUAGAAACUGACGAAGUAUAUCGUUCUGUGGGCGGUAAUAUUGGAAAUUUAAACGGAUUAAGAUUAUUGGACGCUGCCUUUCAACAAAGCUGGAGCUUGUGCUGCUUUUUGCUGAACUGCUGCAGGAUGCUUUCCAAUCUGGAGGCGAUGGAAAUGCUAAACUGAUGGGAUACAAGUAGAUGCUGUUGUCUUGAUCAAAACAAUGCUCAUUCUCUCUGAAUGAUUUGUACAGCAUCAUCUCAAAUGUCAUCUUUACUGAUGGGGGAAAAGAAGCCCAAACUGGAGAAGGUACAAAGAAGGCGAUGCCUCCUGCAAGAGUUGAAAGAAGAGGAAGCAUUUAAAAACAAGCCGUUUUCUGGGAAGUCCUUCUAUCUUGAUCUACCCAGCAAUAAGAAAGCAAAGUUUCUCGCAGAUGCUGUGCAGCACUUAGGAGGGACCAUAGAGAGCUUCCUUAGUAAAGAAGUAAGUUAUGUGGUUUCUAAUAGCAAAGAACUGCGCCCAAAUUGCAAGACUCUAAAACCAACAACUGGAAAAGUCGGUGAAGCUGCCUACGAAACUGGAAUUGUCUCAUCUGUAUUUCCUGAGAAGGAAAAUGCUACAGGUAGCAAACAAAAGCUGGUUCACAAUGUGCAGAUCACUAGAGGAAAAGAACUCCUAGAAAAGGUGAUGAAGAACAAUGAUCGAAGCAACAACAAUGUUCUGACCAAUGCUCGUGCUUGGGGUGUACGAAUCCUGUAUUUCGAUGAUGUGUUUGCCUAUGUCGAAAAGAUGAUGCAGAUGACAUCAGUCAAGGAGAAAACUGAAUGCAGUAAAAAAAUUGAGGAGAAGCCAAGAACUUCAGUACCAGGCUCUAGACUUCUGAAAGUGGGAAAACUAAAGCAUCCUUUCAUUAAAAUUGAAGACAUGAGUAGAAACUUCAGACCAGUCUACAGUCAUUUUAAUAAUUUUCCAGACCUGUACUACCUUCUUCCUGGAAGUAUUGGCCCUUUUGAACCUCCAGAGCCUAUUCCCUGUUCUCAGAAGGAACAGAGAGAAACUCCACAGCAGAGAGAGACUGCCAGUGAAAGAGAAGAAGAAAAAAGCAUCAAACCAGCACUGAAUGGUCAGAAAAAGAAGAGGCAAGGGUUCUGUGAAUGCUGUCGACUUUCUUUCAGUGAACUGCAAAUGCAUUUGCAGACUGAUGAGCACAGGCAAUACGCUUCGGAAUCUUCACAUUAUAAUCCAGUGGACAGCAUCAUGGCUCAGUUUACUACCCAGUUUACAGAUUUGCAGAAUGAAUGUCAUUUUUCAAGAUCUGUAUGCCAUACAGUCUCCCAUGAUGUGCACAUGGAGUGUAAUGCUGAGGUUGAUGUGCCAAACCAACUAAAUCAGGAAGAAAAGAAUUGCUUACUCCAAGACCAUCUAGAACCCUGUUUGAAAGCAGCAAAUCCAAGAAAAUGUACUCUGAUUGAGGGGUAUAUGGCACAACCAGACUGCAUUCGUUCAGAAUCGCCUCCUGUACUGCAGCGAAUGGACAUAGUACUAGAUUGUAGUGAGCAACUUGCAUCUGCCUUUGGAGAUGGAGCAACUGUAUAUGCAGAACCGCCUGUUCUAAUUCGUGAGGACUUCUACCAGGAUUCAUUUGUUAAAGAUGACUAUGUGGGAACAGAAGGCAUCUCACUAGUUAACCUUUGUGAUUCUGGUAAAGAAAUGCUCACUCAAAAUAUGUAUUCUACACUGAAAGAAGUUUUUCAGUCUGACAUUACUGAUGGUUUUCUUCCUGAUGAAGACCCCAAGCAAGGUUUGGAAACAAAAAAUGUUGAGGCUGAGGAUUUUAACAAAGCACUGUGUAUUAAUGGAAAACGAAAACGGUCCUCCACUGAAAGCCAGCUAUGUAUAAAGAGAUCAAGACUAGCCUCGUGUAAUAAAGACCUACAUGUGGCUGGCAGUGAUGAUGCUUCACAAUUUGGACAGUUAGAGAGCUACAACUCUUACAGCAAAGCAGGUGUUGACGUUUUUAACUCUGUUGUAUUGCUUUCUAAUUGCUCAAAAAGUAAAGCGCUCUGCUCUUUUGAAGAGAAGCAAUGUACUCCUGAAAGUAAGCAGGCACUGUUUUCUUUCCACAUCUCUACCGAGGUUCCAGAAGUCUGUAAGCAAAGCCAAGAAAAGUUUGCUGAUAAAUGUGAGCUGAAUAAAACAUUGCAUUGUGCUCAGAAAGGUUUCACAGAGGCAGAAAUGCAUUUCUGUAGUGCAGGUAAUCCAGAUGGUGGUAUAUUGUCAGCACCAAUUAAGGCAUGCUCCAUUUUGCCAGUUGACAGUAACCUUGAACAGUGGAAUCUGCUUGCUGAACUGCCAUCUCAAGAUUGUGAUCCAAAACCUGAAACAUUUGUGCCAGCUGUUAGUGACAAAUGGGUAGUACCUGUGGGUGAGACAGUUUCUGAGAAAUGGGAGCCUGGAGAGCUGUUGGUACAUUCGUCUGUACCAUCUGUAGUUAAUGAUAAAUAUGCACUACAUACUUUUACCGUUCCUCAUAAUGAGGAGUUUAAAUAUGUAAAACAGCAGGGUGACUGUACAAGUCUGGAUAAUUCUGUUGGAAAUAAAUUGUCUGACAUUGCUGAAGUUUCAGAAGAGCUUCCUCAAAGGUGGCUUAGCUGCAUGCCUCAUACAGUCAUUGACUCCAGCAUUCCACAUACUGGGGCCAAAUAUGAAAAUGCACCCUCCAGCAUUCCUAGUAAUAGGAAGAAUGUGCCAAAUUCUUCCUAUGUCUGUAACUCUUCAUUUUUGCAGUCUUCUUUUAAAAUUGAUGCUAGCUUGUUUAAAGCAGGAAACUUUUCUUCUGACUCUGAGUGGGACAUUCCCCUGCUGUCCCAAAUGGAUGCUGAUAUCCAGACUCAGAGAGAACAGUCUGUUGACAUGGAGGCUCUUGCAAGAAGCUGCACUGCUGUGCGGGAGAGUGGUUAUGAGUCUCGAUUGUUUUCUGUGUUGAAACAGAAGUCAAGGUUAGACCAGCUUGGUAAGGAUGAAAUAAGCCAUGGCAACUGUCGGUCAGAGAUCAUGCCUUUCAUGAUGGAACAGUAUGUUGAUUGGGCUAAUUGAACCACAUUUAGAAUUUGGAAGUUUUUAUGCACAUACAAAUAUUGACUUGCAGGUUAUGGAUGACUCACAUGGUGAUUACUGAAAAAUGGGCUGCAUUAUUUUUCUCACUUGUUCCCUCACAUGGUUUGGAUUAUUAAAUGGUCUGUAACACUCCAGCCUUUUGUAAUGACACAUUUUAGGUUGUUUAUCCAAUACAGUGUAUUUUGCAGUGUGUCUUAAAUGUUCUGGGGAAUGAAUCCUGUAGUGUACAAGUUAAUUUGUGAGAGUCGCCUAAAUACCAAAUUGGAAUCUUAUGCUAUACUGUACAUUUUAAUGGUAUAUGUAAGGACUUGGCCCACCCAUUUCAAAGUUGAGUGGUUUGUGUUUGGGUAUUUUGCCUUCGUAGCUCCUCCACCUCCUUUUUUUGAUUAAAGAAAAAAACUAAUUGUACAUCUUGCCAUUUUUAAACAUAAAAUUUGAGAUACUUUUACACAA